AUGCCCUUUUUGAAACUCAUCCCCGUUGAGCGACCAAGCGCCGUUGGUAAUGCAUCAUCAUCAGCGGCAAAACGGAUGCUCGAUGGCUACAUUACCGCGCCAAACUCCAAGGACAGCGGUAGCACCGACGAUGCAAGCGGGUGCAAGUUCUUGAAGCUGACGCCGGAUACUGCAAGCAAUAUCAACAAGAACAACAGCAACGACGACAACAAUAAAUGCGACACUGAUGCGACUGGUCACGGUCACCAUCACCACGGUCAGAAUCAGGCUCAGGGCCCGGGUCAAGAUAAGAAUAAGGGUCAAGCCCAGGGCGGUGAUCAGGGUCAUGUUCAAGACCCCUAG